AUGUCAUUAUUAUAUAUUAGUGAACAAAUUACAAUUUAUCUUGGUUUAUUUCUUCUUAUUACAGGUGUCAUAGGAAAUGGUUUACUUAUUUUAACAUUUUCAACUGUUCGCACUUAUCGUAAAACUCCUUGUACAUUUUAUUUUCUUAUUCGUUCAACUGAUAAUAUUGCUUUCAUACUCAUUAAUCUUAUAUCUCGCAUUGUAAGUGCAGGUUAUGAAAUUGAUCUUACUCGUACAUCAGUUCUUUGGUGUAAAAUUCGACAAUAUUUUGUUCUUACUCUUGGUUUUAUUUCAUUCACUUGUUCAUGUUUAGCAUCAAUUGAUCAAUUUUUAGCGACCUCAAGAAAUGCUAAUCUUCGUCGUUUAAGUAAUAUCAAAUGGACAUAUAGAAUUGUAAUCGUUGUUCUUAUCGUUUGUUGUCUUCAUGGAAUUCCUGCUAUUAUAUUUGAUGAUAUUUUACCAAAUAUACAAAUAUGUGGGAUUACUAAUGAAAGUUAUUCUAUUUAUAUUACAGUAUAUGUUCUUACCUUUUCUUGUAUUGGUCCAAUUAUAAUAAUGGUUGUAUUUGGAUAUUUAACUUAUCAUAAUAUUCAUUCAACACGAUUUCUUGCUGAACAACAAGCUGAUCGUCAAUUGGCACAGAUGGUUUUAAUGGAGGUUGUACUUGUUGUUAUAUCAAUAUCUCCGUAUAGUAUUAAUACUCUUUACAAUUUGAUUACAAGUGGAAUUGUUAAAGAUACAAAUCGCUUAUUAAUUGAAUCUUUUAUAUUUACAAUUACUAGUCAAUUAUGCUAUUUUUAUUAUGUCGGAAGUUGUUAUAUGUUUUUGAUUUCAUCAAAUCGUUUUCGUCGAACAACAAAAGAUUGA